CUGAAAUGUCUCCUUAUGUAACUAAAUAAUUCCCAAUGUGGGAUCAAUAACGUUUAACGUGUUAAUACUUCAUUGCUUGUUUGUUUGUUUGUUUGUUGACAGCAUGUAAAGUGGCCUUUGGUCCCUUGAAAGGCGCUAUAAAAAUGUAAUCUAUUGUUAUUAUUAUUAUUAUUGAUAAGGUAUUUGGCUCCCUCUGGCGGUCACUAAGUGUACUCUGCCACCUCACAUUUUGCAACAGUACUAGUGUCUUUACGGCAGUUCACCACAACAUCAGACAUCAUGGCCUCGGCAGCUCCGGAGGAUUUACCGGAGAACCGGGGGGGUUUAGCGGCCUCCGGGACACCGGGGGAGACACCGGCAUUGCAGGAUCCAGUAAAACAACCUUCGUUCAGAGACACAGAAGGAGCGCUGAGAGCAGCAUGGAGGAGAACAAAGAGACCCCUGGAGCUCAGAAACCGAAAGGAAGAGAGAGACGUCACAGCUGUCAGCAAUGUGACACAUCCUUUACAUCAUCUAAAGAUUUAAAGAGCCACCUGUGUAUUCACACUGGAGAGAAACCAUACAGCUGUGAAGAGUGUGGGAAAACGUUCACUCAAUCACAUCAUCUCAAAACACAUCAACGUAUUCACACUGGAGAAAAACCGUACAGCUGUAAAGAGUGUGGACAAACGUUCACUCAAUCACAUCAUCUCAAAACACAUCACCGUAUUCAUACUGGAGAAAAACCAUACAGCUGUGAAGAGUGUGGGAAAACGUUCACUCAAUCACAUGCUCUCAAAUCACAUCACCGUAUUCACACUGGAGAACAACCGUACAGCUGUAAAGAGUGUGGGAAAACAUUCACUACAUCAGGUACUCUAAAUUCACAUCACCGUAUUCACACUGGAGAAAAACCGUACUGGUGUGAAGAGUGUGGGAAAACGUUCAAUAGAUCAGAUGCUCUCCAAUCACAUCAACGUAUUCACACUGGAGAAAAACCAUACAGCUGUGAAGAGUGUGGGAAAACAUUCACGACAUCAAGUGAUCUCCAAAAACAUCAACGUAUUCACACUGGAGAAAAACCGUACUGGUGUGAAGAGUGUGGGAAAACGUUCACUUCAUCAAGUCAUCUCCAAAAACAUCAACGUAUUCACACUGGAGAAAAACCGUACUGGUGUGAAGAGUGUGGGAAAACAUUCACUACAUCAAGUGAACUCCAAAAACAUCAACGUAUUCACACUGGAGAAAAACCGUACUGGUGUGAAGAGUGUGGGAAAACGUUCACUACAUCAAGUAAUCUCCAAAGACAUAAACAUGUUCACACUGGAGAAAAACCAUAGUGGUUUUAAGAGUGUGGGAAAACGUUUUCUCAAAGUAUUCACCGAAUCCAUUCUGCAUAGUUUUGAACAACUAUGAGAGCCAAGCUAGCUGUUUCCUCCUCCUGAUGUCCUGAGAGCUGUAGUUAUAUUUUAAGAGGCGUUCUGAAUUGAAGUCUGACUAACAGACUUCAAUUCAGAGUCAGUCUUGUUUGAUGUCCCUGGACAAGCCCUGAGGUCCUCCUCAGCUUUUUAAAUAUCCCUAAAAUCCCCCUAAAUAAAAUGGGUGAGGCUUUUCUCCACUACGCUCCCAAACUGUGGAACACCAGGAAAUAUCAGAGAGGCUCAGUGGACAUUUUUAAAUGCCAGCUAAAGACACAUCUCUUUAGAUUAGCUUUUUAUUAGCAACCCCCCACUUUAAAUGGUGUUUUAGUCUUUAUUAUUUACCUACUUUUAUAUUGUUUCAUUUAUGAUAUAGGAAGGGUUUUAUCUUAUAUUAGUUAUUUAACAGUUUCUUGGUUUCUUUAUAUUUUUAUUAGAAUUAUGAUGUUUUUAUUACUAUUCAUUUAAUUUUGUACCUAUAUGUUCACUUUACUUUAUAGGGUUUUAUAUUGUUGAAUCUAUUCACCUGUCUUGUGUCUUAUCUUUCCGAGAUAAAUUAUAUUUUUUUGUACUGUAUUUCAUUUGUUAUUGUCAUACCUUUUACCUCCUUGUGUAUCUUAACCUGUUAAAAUGUUAUAUUUUGCUGCAUGUAUCUGUAAAGGUCUUAACGUCUGAGGGGACUUUCUUGUUGUUUAUUUUUAACUUGUGAUGUGUCGCCAUUUUGUAAAACACUUUGAGCUGCACGUGCUGUAUGAAAAGUGCUGUAUGAAAAGUGCUGUAUAAAUAAAGCUUUAUUAUUACAACAGUUUUUUAUGUUCUAACCAGCGUUCACACUAUGCCAACACAAGGCCACAGAGAUGCUGUUUCUCCAAUUUAGUUGAUGUUUGUAAUGGUUCCUGAUCUAUGAAGAAAUGUUUUACUAUGCUGUGUUUCAACCAUGGUUUUCUAAUAGCCUUGUUAUUCCUUUUUUUAAAUAUUAUAUCUCAACUGCUAGCCUCGUUAAGCUGCAUUGAAGGAAUUUAGUUUCACUGUUCAUUAAUCUGCCGAGUAGUUUCUCCAAUAAUCUGUUUGGUUAAUAAAAUGUUGUGACUUUAAA